CGGAAGUCCCGCCUUUGGACGGGUGAGGGGCGCCCCGAGGCCCUCCGAGCAACCCCCCGACCCCGUGGAUACGAUCCUCGGCCAAGCUCCUCGCUGUUGCGCCUCGCAGAGAGAUGGAACUGCCCCGCAUUAACAUGGCCUCAGGCGACCUGCUUUGGCCGUGCCCUCGAGCAAAAUGGCACCUUCUUGGCUUCCAUGCCAGUAUACAAUAUGGAGAAGGAAGUGGGCGUUUCGGGGAGAGCUUGAGCUAGGUGGUGGAGCCCUUCUUAGACCCUCCCACUUGUUUACUUCGUGGUAAGAGUCGUAACACUGCGCCUGCGCACUCUGGCCCGCUCUAUAGCGUCUGCACCAUGUGAUUGAACCUUUGUAGUUAAAUUACCCCGUUCUGAAAGCUGGUUUCAUCCACUUGUGCUCUAGAACUGGUACGGGUGCUACCACUGUCCGGCCUUGGGGGGCGUGUUUUUUCCGGAUGUGACAACACGUUGACCCGGAAAAGGAGGAGGCCGGGGCAGUGGGGCCUUCGGCGGCGGCAAUGGAAGGUGCUGGCUACAGGGUGGUGUUUGAGAAGGGAGGAGUGUACCUGCACACCAGUGCUAAGAAGUACCAGGACCCGGACUCCCUCAUUGCUGGUGUCAUCCGCGUCGUGGAGAAGGACAAUGACGUCCUCCUGCACUGGGCUCCUGUAGAGGAGGCUGGAGAUUCCACCCAAAUCCUCUUCUCCAAGAAGGACUCCAGUGGGGGUGACUCCUGCACCUCUGAGGAGGAGCCGACCUUUGACCCUGGCUAUGAACCCGACUGGGCUGUCAUCAGCACCGUGCGGCCACAGCCCCGCCACUCAGAGCCCACGAGAGGUGCAGAGGGCGGCUCCUCCCGGGGCUCCUGGGCCUUCUCCGUGAGUCUGGGGGAGCUCAAGUCCAUCCGCCGUUCCAAGCCGGGCCUUAGCUGGGCCUACCUGGUCCUGGUGACCCAGGCUGGGGGCUCCCUGCCCGCCCUGCACUUCCACCGCGGGGGCACCCGCGCCCUGCUCCGCGUCCUCAGCCGCUACCUGCUGUUGGCCAGCUCCCCGCAGGACUCUCGCCUCUACCUUGUCUUCCCCCACGACUCCUCCGCCCUCUCCAACUCCUUCUACCACCUGCAGCUCUUUGACCAGGACAGCUCCAAUGUGGUGUCUCGCUUCCUCCAGGACCCCUACUCCACCACCUUCAGCAGCUUCUCCCGAGUGACCAACUUCUUCCGGGGAGCCCUGCAGCCACACCCUGAGGGGGCCUCCCCUGACCUCCCCCCGCCGCCCGAUGAUGAGCCUGAGCCAGGGUUCGAGGUCAUUUCCUGUGUGGAGCUGGGGCCUCGGCCGGCCGUGGAGCGGACUCCUCCGGUCACAGAGGAGGAGUGGGCCUGCCACGUGGGCCCCGAGGGCCGCCUGCAGCAGGUCUCGGAGCUGAAGAGCCGGAUCUUUUCGGGGGGUCUGAGUCCCGGCCUGCGGCGCGAGGCAUGGAAAUUCCUCCUGGGGUACCUCAGCUGGGAGGGCUCAGCCGAGGAGCACAAGGCGCACGUGCGCAGGAAAACGGAUGAAUAUUUCCGCAUGAAGCUGCAGUGGAAGUCUGUGAGCCCCGAGCAGGAGCGGAGGAACUCACUCCUGCAUGGCUACCGCAGCCUCAUUGAGAGAGACGUGAGCCGCACUGACAGGACCAACAAGUUCUACGAGGGUCCGGAGAACCCGGGGCUGGGCCUGCUGAACGACAUCUUGCUCACGUACUGCAUGUACCACUUUGACCUGGGCUACGUCCAGGGCAUGAGCGACCUUCUCUCCCCGAUCCUCUACGUCAUUCAGAAUGAGGUGGAUGCCUUCUGGUGUUUCUGUGGCUUCAUGGAGCUCGUGCAAGGGAACUUUGAAGAGAGUCAGGAGACCAUGAAGCGGCAACUUGGGCAACUUCUGCUGCUUCUGAGGGUGCUGGACCCCCCGCUUUGUGACUUCCUGGACUCCCAGGACUCUGGCUCUCUCUGUUUCUGCUUCCGGUGGCUGCUCAUCUGGUUCAAGAGGGAAUUCCCCUUCCUGGAUGUCCUUCGCCUGUGGGAGGUGCUGUGGACAGGGCUCCCUGGCCCCAAUCUGCACCUGCUGGUGGCCUGCGCCAUCCUGGACAUGGAGCGCGAUGCCCUCAUGCUGUCCGGCUUCGGCUCCAAUGAGAUCCUUAAGCACAUCAACGAACUGACCAUGAAGCUGAGUGUGGAGGACGUGCUGACGCGGGCCGAGGCCCUGUACAGGCAGCUGACCGCCUGCCCUGAGCUGCCCCACAACGUGCAGGAGGUCCUGGGUCUGGCGCCACCUGCAGAGCCCCACAGCCCUUCACCCCCUGCCUCCCCGCUGCCACUGUCACCCACCCGGGCCCCGCUGGCCUCCCCGCCCCCCGCAGACACAGCCCCGCAGCCUGACAGCAGCCUGGAGAUCCUGCCUGAGGAGGAGGAGGAUGGGGCGGACUCCUAACCCUGCUGGGGACGUGACCUGCACAGGCACUUUAUCCUGUCCCCACGGGAGACCGGGAGGGCCCUGGGAGGAGGGGCGGGUGUGCUGAUAAACUGACUUCAUUAAACGCACUUCUCAUGUCCAGUUAGGCCCGUGUUAUUGGGGGAAGGAGGCUGCCACUUUGGCUCCGACCUGGAUGGGGAAGGGGUAGUGGCUCAGGGUCCCCUCUGGUGGCUCUGCAGAGCUAAAGCCUGACCAUGUGGCCCUGAGCCUGCCAGUCAGACGCAGGAGGAGGCCCCCUUGGGGGUGAGUGACAGGGCUUGGUGGAGGAGGCUCCCUUACCUGCCUGAAUUGGUGUUUUGGAGGAGUGAGGAUGAGGCAUUCGGGGCUGGGGCUGCUACUUAAGUAGCUGUGCAGGGACACAUCCCGGACAUAACUGAAAUAAAUGCAGGGGCCUGUGGAGCUGCACAGUCUGGGGACCUUGCCUACCAGCUGCUACUUAGUGAGAAAAAUAAACUCGUUUAACCA